AGUGGAUUGACGAAUUGAACAUCGGUCGUCCGAUCAACACAGAUCCAUCUUACAUAAAUUAUCCAACGGUUCGGAGGUGAAUACCCUGCAACUUAUUUCGUAGAAAAAAGCCCUCACCAUUUAAAUUUUUUCAACGGCCGACGAGUGCUGACGUAUCAAAAACGCUUCCCUCGCUCGUUUCUCUCAUCUCCUUCGUUCGUAAUUUACUCUUCUCUCCUGAUCCGGUAUCUCUUUCGUCCUCUAUUGUGAGAAAUUUUUAACUUCCAUGGCCGCUCCACCCGCUAGAGCCCGAGCUGAUUACGAUUACCUCAUAAAGCUCCUCCUGAUCGGCGAUAGCGGUGUUGGUAAAAGUUGCAUCCUUUUGCGUUUCUCUGAUGGGUCCUUUACCACUAGUUUUAUUACAACAAUUGGAAUUGACUUCAAGAUAAGGACAAUAGAGCUUGAUGGCAAACGAAUUAAACUGCAAAUUUGGGAUACUGCUGGUCAAGAACGCUUUCGAACAAUCACAACAGCUUACUAUCGUGGAGCUAUGGGAAUUUUACUUGUCUACGAUGUCACUGAUGAAUCAUCUUUCAACAACAUUAGGAAUUGGAUCCGUAACAUCGAACAACAUGCUUCUGACAAUGUUAACAAGAUUCUAGUGGGCAACAAGGCGGACAUGGAUGAAAGCAAAAGGGCUGUCCCCACCUCAAAGGGUCAAGCUCUUGCUGAUGAAUAUGGCAUCAAGUUUUUUGAGACUAGUGCGAAGACCAACUUGAAUGUGGAGGAGGUUUUCUUUUCAAUAGCUAGGGACAUUAAGCAAAGGCUUGCUGAUACUGACUCGAAGGCUGAGCCUCAGACCAUCAAAAUAAACCAAGCAGAUAAAGCAGGUGGGGCUGCUGAAGCUCCUCAAAAAUCAGCUUGCUGCGGUUCUUAAACAAUCCUAAUCUGGAAUCUGUGCUGAUGAGAUGACAGGGGACAACUGAUUUAUUUACAAAUAUAUCACACAACCACUACAUUUCUGCAUGUGAACAAUAGAUCGUCUGUGUUUUGGGUAAGUAAUUAUAUUAUAUUAGUUCUCUUUUUCCUUUUUCUUGUGCUUGAAAAACAAUGUUACUCUGCUUUGAUUUCUUUAUUUUUUUGAAAUUGAGAUGAAGCUUUCUUUUUCUCUGGUAUGAAUAUUUAUUAUCUCA